AUGGGAGGAUCCCAGUCCACCACAAGCACCCGUGCCGCCAAAUUCAGUGGAAACGGAGGAAAUCGUCGGAGUGUACGGGCGGUACGAAGCGCUCCGGCAACUGAAAUGAACUCGAGACGUGCCACGUCAUGCAGGAAUACCAACAGGAAUGUCAAAGAGUUCUCCAAGUUUUGGAGUGAUGCCGGGUCAGUGUCCCGCUCCAAGUCAUCAACACGUGCGUCUACUAAGCAGCGGAAUGGAACUGGAAAUGGGAAUGGCAGCAUUCGAAGAAACAGAACUCAGUCCGUGGACGUCCGGCGCACCAGUAACGGUCUCCAAGUGCCCGGCACCCCAUCCAACUCCUCGAGUCCCCGCAUCAACAACACACGUCGGGCGACAAGUUUCCGAAGUAACGGCUCCGCCACGUCAUCAACUCUCACCGUGAAUGGAGACGGACGGAAAUCGAGAAAAGGGAGCACGACGGAUUUAUUGACACCGAAUUCCGCCAGAUCCGAGGUCUACUCAGUGGAGUUCAACCAAGCGGCGAUCGCCGCCGCCCGUCUCAAACGUCUCUCCCUGACACCGUAUGACACUUUAUCACCACGUCAUCAGAGAAACAACUCGACAAAGAAAUCGACGCCUUCAUCGUCGACGUCUACACUGACGACAUCGUCAAAGAAUCUGACUCCCCACUCACGCCCGUCGUCUUCGACGCAUGCACACCGAAAUUCGUAUCAUAACUCUCCGGAAACCGCGAUUUAUUGA